AUGGCCGUGGCGUGGGACGACGUGGGCAACGCCAGCAGCAUACUGCAGCUACUGGGCGUGGACGCGUUCGGUCUGGCCUCCAUGAUCACGCAGGCGGCGCUGACGGCGCGGCGGAACCGCGACGCAUGCCUGCAGCUGGCGGAGCACGUGCGCGUCGUGGAGGGCCUGCUGCGGAGGCUCCAGACGCUGCCCCGGCUGAGGCGACACCCGGAGACGCGGCGCCCGCUGGAGCAGCUCGACGACGCGCUGCGCCGCGCGUACCUGCUCGUCAGGUCCUGCGGCCAGGAGCUGGAGCUCAGGAGCUAUCUCUACCAGCUGCUCACCGGCGCCCACACCGCCGCCAGGCUGCUCGCCGCGGAGGAGGAGAUCGACCGCUACAUCCGCCUCAUCCCCAUGAUUGGCCUCGUCGCCACCGUCGGUGUCGAGGUCACUCAGGAGGUGCUGGAGUUAGAUGGCGAGGAUUCAACCCUCUCCCAAGAUCAUGUUCUGCUACCUGGCGUUGAGGAAUUUCAGAUUAUUGGUGAACCUAAACCAGGAUUUACAUUAAGAGUGUGUGGAUUUCCAAUAAAUGGUACUAAACUUUGUAUUUUCCAGUGGGUUCGGUACCUUGAUGAUGGGACCAGGCAAUCUAUUGAAGGUGCUACAAUGUACGACUAUGUGGUUACAGCAGAUGAUGUUGACACUCUUCUUGCUGUGCAAUACACCCCUAUGGAUGAUGACGGUCUCCAGGGUGAGUUGGUAACAUCAUUUGCAAAUGGGAAGAGUAAGAUAGCCUGUGAUUCAGACAUGCAGAGUGAGAUCAAUGCGUGUAUUUCCAACAAAGAAGCUUUAUAUAAUGUUUUUAUACUGAACGCGGAUUCUUGGGAACUAGCCACGGUGAUGCUUAGGAGAACUGGCUACCAGAUUAAGGCCAAGAUGUCAGACGAACUCAUAAUUGAAGAGGAGUAUUCACAAAUGCUUCAGACGAAAAUUCCUAAUGGACGCACCACCCAAUUUGUUCUGGUAAGUUCUGGCGGUGUUAACCUAGCAUUCAACACAUGUGGAAUAACAGAGCCAAAUACUGAAGACUAUGAUGUUAGGUUGCGUGAUUUAAUCGUGCUGACUAUGAGAGCUUUCCAGAAAAAGGCACUCAGAUUGGAAUUGGAUGCUGAAGAGGAAGGCGAGUCUUAG